AGUUGCGAUGUCGGUCGUUGUCAGUUUCGUGUCUGCCAUAUCGGUCAUCGGAACUCCAGGCGAGAUCUAUAUGUAUGACACUAUGUUUGCUUGGUCACUGGUGUCAUACGCGGUUUCAAACUGCCUCGUCAUACGCCUCUUUCUUCCAAUUCUCUUUCGUUUACGCAUUACCAGUGUUUACCAGUAUCUCGAGAUGAGGUUCAAUCGAACAGUAAAAACUGCCUGCACAAUUAUAUUCUCCAUCCAAACAGUACUCUACAUGGGGAUUGCAAUGUACACACCCGCACUCGCGAUCAAUGCAGUUACUGGAAUGGAUCUGUGGGCUUGCGUUGUUUCUACUGGUGUCAUUUGCAUAUUUUACACAUCAGUGGGCGGCAUGAAGGCCGUGUUGUGGACCGACACACUACAGACGGUCAUCAUCCUGCUCGGCGUGAUCGCCGUCAUCGUCAAAGGAUCAAUCGACGUCGGUGGCGUAGGGGAAGUCUUCCGCAUUGGUCAUCAAGGAGGAAGGAUCAAGCUUGAUCAGUUUAGUGUCGACCCACGAAUCCGCUACUCAGUUUGGAGUAUGAUGUUGGGGAUGUUAACAACGAAUAUUGGGAAAGGUGUACACCAAACUGUCAUCCAGAGACUCUUUUCAUGUGGAUCAAGAAGGAGGGCUGCACAGGCGCUUAUACUAGCUACCAUCAUCAAAUUCAUUACUGUGGGACUAUGCAUCUUCUCCGGAGUAGUCAUGUACGCGUACUACGUAGACUGUGACCCCUACACACAAGGACUCGUGAAGUCAAGGGAUCAGAUCAUGCCAUUGAUGGUUAUGGAUUUGCUUGGUGAUAUGCCUGGCCUCCCGGGACUCUUCCUUUCAGCUGUGGUCAGUGCUUCCAUCAGCACAUUGUCUUCUGGUGUGAACUCAUUGGCAGCUAUAUCCGGCGAGGAUGGCGUGAAGGUCUUCUGGCCUAACAUCAGCGAGAAGAACUACGCCAGGGUUAUCAAAUUACUCGCUGUACUGUACGGUGUUGUGAGUAUCGGAUUUGCCUUCAUUGCUAGUAAAUUAGGACAAGGUGUAUUAGAGCUGUGUCUUUCGCUCAUCGGUAUCACAUCUGGUUCAAUAAUUGGAGUAUUCUUACUGGGUAUUUACAUGCACCGGAGCAACGCCAAGGGUGCACUCACGGGUCUCGUGACUAGCGUGCUUUUCGUCGGUUGGAUAAAAGUCGGUGCCAUACUUUAUCCGUCAUCUAGAGGAAAGAAUUUCCUCUCCGUAGAAGGCUGUCCGGUCCCAAAUAAUACCGAGUCAAUGGUUACCGGCGAACCGGUUACCAUGAUUACAACACAGAUUACAGACGUGUUUUCACUGCAAGAGGAUAAACCAGAAUCAAGGCCCGGCAUGGCUGAUUUGUACGCUAUAUCGUUUCUGUACUAUUCCAUCAUUGGCCUAAUCGUCUGCACUGUUGUAGGAGGUAUAGCAAGCAAGAUCACAGGUUUCACUGACCCAAAUACCAUCGACCCGAGACUAAAGAACAACUUGACAGACGCCCUCUUUUGGUGGUUCCCAGAAUCAAUGAAAACUAGGAUGCGAUGUGGAAUGGAGAAAGUCAUUUAUGAUGACGAAGAUGACACUGACGAAGUCAAGGAUAGUGCUGACUUCAGCGGCACAAAUGGGAAAAUGAAAGAAAUAAACGCCGAUGAGAACAAAAUGGGGUUCGUGCCAGAUGACCACAAACACUCCGGUACACCAGUGUAAAGCAUUAGUUUUCAUUGAAAACUAAUAUGAAUUAUUCGUUACCAGCUGAUGUCAUUAAAUGCAACUGUAAAUUGCUUUUUUGUACAGUCAUCUUACUUUCUAUGGACAUACAUCGUGGCGUAAAUAUCGGCUGGCAAAAAAGAGAGAAAAUGAAGAGAGGAAAAUAAGAAAGUGGGAAAGAAGAAAUUAUUGUUCAUUAGAAUGUUAUAUUAUAAUUAUGUUAUGUUACCGUAUAUUAAGAAACAUAAGAAACAAUUGUUCAUAACUUUAUGAAACACAAUUUGCCUAUGUCUUCAUUGUUCCUGAUGCUCGCAUUUUUUACUAGAUAUAAUAGAUCAAAUAUUUUUUCGAGACACUAUAGUUUUCAUAUAUAUUUGAGAGACCCGACGUUAUCAAAUCAAGUCAAUAUACACCAAAUAUAAUUCCUCGCACUUCAAGUUAUCAUUGCUUGAUGUAGUGACAUAGGCUUCUUUUUCAUGACUUCUUACAAUGAUUGCCCCAUUCUAAGGUCUUCAUAUAAAACAUUUCCUCUCAUGGUAACGUUCGCAUUAGUGGAUUGGUGAGACAUGUCUGCUCUUCAUGAAUUCCUAAAAUCAGUCCUUAAAAUGUCACUUUUUUUAUCUGAAUAUAAAUAUUUUCCAGCUUAAUUAGUGAAACGCGUAUCGCCUUCGUGAAUUCCUACAAACAAGCCUUAAAAUGCACCUCUUCAGGUCUGAAUUUCCUAAAGUUUCAG